GUGUGGUGUGAGUGAGAGCUGGGUAGCGAGGAGUGUUGAGUGCAGCCCAAUCGGAGUGAAACAAGACCUGAAUCCAAUCCGUUUCCCAUUCUGAUCCAUCGCAAUCGCAUCGCCUUUUUCUCCAUUCUCUCUGCCUCGCCGGUGCCGGAUUCUCAGCUCGCACUUUCCUUGCUUUGCUUUGUUUAGGGUUUCAUCCCUUUUCUGCUUUUCAGAUUGCAGCUGUUUUGUGAGACUUGGCAUUACACAUUCACAGUGUUGGCAACAUGGCUAAUUUAACUCUAACUGGCAUACUAGAGAAGAUGACUGGAAAGGAUAAGGACUAUAGAUAUAUGGCCACGUCUGACUUGCUUAAUGAGUUGCAGAAAUCAUCAUUUAAGGCUGAUACUGAUCUAGAGAUGAAGUUGACAAAUAUCAUCAUACAACAGCUUGAUGAUGCAGCUGGUGAUGUUUCUGGGCUGGCUGUCAAAUGUCUUGCUCCAUUAGUGAGGAAGGUGAGCGAGGCAAGGGUUGUGGAAAUGACCGAAAAACUCUGUGAUAAAUUGCUAAAUGGGAAGGAUCAGCAUCGUGAUAUUGCCAGCAUAGCUUUGAAAACAAUUGUUGCUGAAGUUUCUACUCAGUCUCUUGCCCAGUCUAUUCUUCAUUCUCUCUCACCACAACUGAUAAAAGGAAUUACUGGCUCAAUGGGCACAGAGAUUAAAUGUGAAUGCUUGGAUAUUUUAUGUGAUGUCCUUCAUAAAUUUGGGAAUCUAAUGGCAUCUGAUCAUGAGCUGUUAUUAAGUUCCCUGCUUUCUCAGUUGGGUUCCAAUCAAGCUAGUGUUCGCAAGAAGACUGUGGCAUGCAUUGCAUCUCUUUCUUCAAGCUUGUCAGAUGAUUUACUAGCGAAAGCAACAAUUGAAGUUGUUACUAACUUGAAAAGUAAAGUUGCUAAGUCUGAAAUGACCCGUACAAAUAUACAGAUGAUUGGUGCUUUGAGUCGUGCUGUUGGCUACCGUUUUGGGUCCCAUCUUGGAGACACAGUUCCAGUUCUUAUUAAUUACUGUAUUAAUGCAUCAGAAAAUGACGAAGAGCUUCGUGAGUAUAGCUUGCAGGCAUUAGAAAGCUUUCUCUUAAGGUGCCCAAGGGAUAUUUCCUUGUAUUGUGAUGAAAUUCUACGUUUGACGCUAGAAUAUCUAAGCUAUGAUCCAAACUUCACUGACAAUAUGGAGGAGGAUACUGACGAUGAAGGUCAUGAAGAGGAGGAGGAUGAUGAGAGUGCAAAUGAAUAUACAGAUGAUGAAGAUGUUAGCUGGAAAGUUCGAAGAGCAGCAGCCAAAUGCCUAGCAGCAUUGAUUGUUUCUCGCCCUGAAAUGCUUUCAAAGCUAUAUGAUGAGGCUUGUCCCAAAUUGAUCGACAGAUUUAAAGAGAGAGAAGAAAAUGUCAAGAUGGAUGUAUUUAAUACUUUCAUUGAGCUCUUGCGUCAAACUGGCAAUGUAACUAAAGGGCAGAUUGAUGCAAAUGAAACAAGUCCUAGAUGGUUGUUGAAGCAAGAAGUUUCAAAGAUCGUCAAAUCUAUAAAUAGGCAGUUGCGUGAGAAAUCUAUCAAGACAAAGGUUGGUGCAUUUUCUGUUCUGAAAGAACUGGUGGUUGUCUUGCCAGACUGUCUUGCAGACCACAUUGGGUCACUCAUUCCAGGAAUCGAAAAAGCAUUAAAUGACAAAUCAUCUACAUCAAAUUUGAAGAUUGAAGCUCUUGUAUUUACAAGAUUGGUAUUAUCUUCACACUCUCCUGAUGUUUUCCACCCAUAUAUCAAGGCUCUUUCUGCUCCUGUUCUAUCAGCUGUUGGUGAGCGAUAUUAUAAGGUCACUGCUGAGGCCUUGAGGGUAUGCGGAGAACUCGUCCGUGUUGUCCGCCCAAGCAUUGAGGGAUCUGGAUUUGAUUUCAGACCGUACGUCCAUCCCAUUUAUAAUGCCAUUAUGUCGCGCUUAAUAAACCAAGAUCAGGAUCAGGAGGUUAAGGAGUGUGCUAUCUCCUGCAUUGGCCUCAUUGUGUCAACAUUUGGUGAUCAUCUAAAUGAAGAACUACCAGCGUGCCUUCCUGUACUUGUUGAUCGAAUGGGAAAUGAGAUAACUCGUCUUACAGCUGUCAAGGCAUUUGCUGUCAUUGCUGCUUCUCCACUUCGGGUGGAUCUGUCAUGUGUUCUGGAGCAUGUAAUAGCAGAGUUGACUGCAUUUCUACGGAAAGCUAAUCGAGCACUAAGGCAGGCAACCUUAGGAACCUUAAAUUCACUUAUAGUUGCAUAUGGUGAUAAGAUUGGUUCUUCUGCAUAUGAAGUUAUUAUUGUAGAACUCUCGGGACUAAUUAGUGAUUCUGAUUUACAUAUGACAGCUCUUGCCCUUGAACUCUGCUGCACGUUAAUGAGUGACAAGAGGUCCAGUCCUAGUGUUGGUCUGGCUGUCAGAAACAAAGUUCUUCCUCAAGCUCUGACAUUAAUUAAAAGCUCCUUGCUGCAGGGGCAAGCCCUUUUGGCUUUACAGAAUUUUUUUGCUGCUUUAGUCUAUUCUGCAAACACUAGCUUUGAUUCUCUGCUGGAGUCACUACUUGCCAGCGCCAAGCCUUCACCACAGUCAGGUGGCAUUGCCAAACAAGCGUUGCAUUCAAUAGCUCAAUGUGUGGCUGUUCUGUGCCUUGCUGCUGGGGAUCAAAAGUGUUCGUCCACAGUGAAAAUGCUGACAGACAUUCUCAAGGAUGACAGCAGUUCUAACUCUGCUAAACAGCACCUUGCCCUUCUAUGUUUGGGAGAGAUUGGUAGGAGGAAGGAUCUUGGUGCACAUGCUCAUAUAGAAAAUAUUGUCAUUGAAUCCUUCCAAUCUCCUUUCGAAGAGAUAAAGUCUGCUGCCUCUUAUGCUCUUGGUAAUAUCGCUGUUGGCAACCUUCCAAAAUACUUGCCGUUUAUCUUGGAUCAGAUUGAUAAUCAGCAGAAGAAACAGUAUCUCUUGCUUCAUUCUUUGAAGGAGGUAAUUGUGAGACAAUCUGUUGAUAAAGCAGAGUUUCAAGAGUCGAGUGUUGAGAAAAUACUUAAUUUACUCUUCAACCACUGUGAAAGUGAGGAAGAAGGGGUGCGCAAUGUGGUGGCUGAGUGUUUGGGAAAAAUUGCACUUAUUGAACCUGCAAAACUUGUUCCUGCACUCAAGGUAAGAACAACCAGCCCAGCUGCUUUUAUCCGAGCUACUGUUGUCAUUGCUGUAAAGUACUCUAUAGUGGAACGUCCUGAGAAGAUAGAUGAGAUCAUAUACCCCGAGAUAUCAUCAUUUCUGAUGCUUAUCAAGGAUAAUGACAGACAUGUUAGACGAGCUGCUGUCCUGGCUUUAAGCACAUUUGCACACAAUAAGCCGAACCUCAUCAAAGGUCUUCUUCCUGAUCUGUUGCCUCUUCUCUAUGAUCAGACAAUUGUUAAGCAAGAGCUAAUACGGACAGUUGAUCUUGGCCCUUUCAAGCAUAUUGUGGACGAUGGACUUGAAUUGAGGAAGGCAGCGUUCGAAUGCGUGGACACAUUAUUGGAUAGUUGUCUUGAUCAAGUGAACCCCUCAUCAUUCAUUGUUCCUUAUCUGAAAUCUGGGUUGGAUGAUCAUUAUGAUGUUAAAAUGCCUUGCCAUCUCAUACUCUCAAAGCUAGCUGAUAAGUGUCCUUCUGCAGUCUUGGCAGUGUUAGAUUCAUUGGUGGAUCCUCUUCAGAAGACCAUUAAUUUUAAGCCUAAACAAGAUGCUGUCAAGCAAGAAGUUGAUCGUAAUGAAGACAUGAUUCGAAGCGCGCUUCGAGCCAUUGCUUCGUUGAAUCGUAUUAGUGGGGGAGACUGCAGUGUCAAGUUCAAGAACCUUAUGAAUGAAAUAUCGAAAUCACAAACUCUCUGGGAGAAGUACUAUUCGAUCCGCAAUGAAUGAUUGGCUUACACCCUUUUCUGUUGCCCUUUAUCAUAAUAGAUAAGAAGUGGUGAACUAUUAUAUGCCAUGGGUUUUCGGCUGGUCCACAACUUAUUUACCUUGAGGGGGGAAAAAGUGAUAGGUCGUUUUGACACGGAUUAAUGCAACGGCUGUGGAGAGUGAACUAAAUUAUUGUACCAUACGAGAGAAUGAUAUUCACGCUAUAGUGCUGAUUUCUUGUAUAGACAAAAAGGUUUCUUGCCUUCGGUAUUUUUGAGAUAAUACUCAAUUUGUUCUCUCAACUUGCACGAAUUAGUUCCUAAAAUUUUAAUUGUCUCUAUUUAUUUCUUAA